CCCUGCUCGGGGCCACCAAAGCGCAUGCGCGGAGGGCGGGAAGGGAGGGGCGCUGUUUAAAAGCCCCAGAAGGGGAACGCAAAGGGAAGCAGAGACGAGAAGGUGUUGGAAGAUGAAGGUGACGGCGCUGAGCUCCCGGCAGCUCCGGAGGCUGGUGCGGAAAGAGGCGGCGCGCUGCCUGGUGCUGGACUGCCGGCCGUACUUGUCCUUUGCGGCCUCUUGUUUGCGGGGUUCGCUCAACGUGAACCUCAACUCGGUGGUGCUGCGCCGGGCUCGCGGGGGCGCCGUCCCUUUGCACUUCGCCGUCCCGGACGAGGCGGCGCGAGGCAGGCUGCUCCUGGGGCGCGAGGCCGAAGAGGAGGAGGAAGAGGACGAAGCAGCAGCAGCACAAGCGCAGCGGCUCAAGGCGGUGGUGGUCCUCGACCAAGGCACGCGGCACUGGCGCAAGCUCAAGGGCGGCUCCACGGCCCAGAUCGUCCUCAACACCCUCCUGGCCGCCUUGCCCGAGCCCGGCGCCAAGGUCUGCUUCCUCAAAGGAGGUUAUGAAACCUUUUAUUCCCAGUAUCCUGAAUUCUGUAUAGAUGUAAAGCCUAUAUCCCAAGAGAAGCCUGAAACGGAGAGAAGUGGCAACAGCCUCAGUGAGAAGCAGUGGAUCCUACACAAGCCAGCAUAUGAUCAGGGUGGCCCAGUGGAAAUCUUGCCUUUCCUGUAUCUCGGCAGUGCCUACCAUGCUUCCAAGUAUGAGUUCUUAGCCAAUCUGAACAUCACUGCGCUCUUGAAUGUCUCCAGGAAGAGCUCUGAGCCCUUUACAGGGCAGUACUGCUAUAAAUGGAUUCCUGUGGAAGACAGCCAUACAGCAGACAUCAGCUCACACUUCCAGGAGGCAAUAGAAUUUAUUGACUGCACUAGACGCGAAGGAGGCAAAAUCUUGGUACACUGUGAAGCUGGCAUUUCCCGCUCUCCCACGAUCUGCAUGGCGUAUCUCAUGAAAAUGAAAAAAUUCCGAUUGGAGGAAGCCUUUGAUUACAUCAAACAACGUCGGAGUCUGAUCUCCCCAAACUUUGGCUUCAUGGGCCAGCUCCUUCAGUACGAAGCAGAAAUACUCUCCUCAACGCCAAGCCCUUCUGUCUCUUCUUGCAAAAGGGAUGCCGUGUCUUUUUUUGCUGAAGAGCUGACUCGGAGCAAAAGUUUUGAAGGCUCCUGUUUUGCAUUUCCUACCUCAGUUUUGAAUUCUGUGCCCCUUCACUCACCGGUCCAUCAGCUGAAACUGAAUCCAAUCACUGCGACGUCACCCUGCUGGACCAUCUUGGGAACCAGGGACAACACAGUCCCAUGAACUUGGCAGAAAGACUAUUGUGAAAACAUUUCAUCUGCAUCAUAUUUCAUCCAGAACUAGAAACUUUGAGGUGACUGCCCACAGCAGGAAGAGAAUAUGUGGUUUUACAUUGGCAUGGAGUCAUGGUUCAAUACAUUUCAGCUUGGGUUAGCUAUGCCAUUUCAAGCUGUCCAGCUAACUCCUGCUUUUCAGCUCAUCUUAUCCUAGGAUUUUAGUUUGAACUCUUUAAGCUAUUCUUCCUCCACUUCAGCUACUAUUCAUUAUGGUUAUGAAUACAUAUUUAGCUCACGUAGGUCAAGCUUUUCAAAAGAGUGAAUGUCAUUAAUAAAAGAAAAUGUGUACAUUUUCAAGGUUAUUUAAAAUGAUUUCUGGAAUGUCUGUGCAUCCACUACUGUAUUUCCAGACCAUGCUGGAGUAUAGAACCACAUUUUUAAAAAGUCACUCAGAUUAUCCAGUUGCUUCUAAGCUCAUGCUUCCCUCUCUCUCCCAAAAUCAUAGCCUUGUUUUAAAGUGCAAGCAAUAAACAGCUGUAUCAGGAGAGCAAAGCUAUAAUGAGAAGCACAAUGUACAAGAGAAGCAAAGCCUGACAUCUUUCGUAGUGGCACAAAACUUGAACCUUUGCCUUCUUGUUUGUGUGGGUUCUUUUUUUAAUGUCAUGUGCUGUAAGAGACAAGUGGAUUUGAAACUGGGAAUAAAAAAAUCCUUUUCUUCACAUCCACAAGUCCUAUAUCACUUAUUGCUGUCCACCCUUCCCUGGGACUGAGUUACUUUCUGUGUUAGGGUAACAGACUGUAAAGCAGAUCUACACAAAAUAUGUCCAAAAAACUAUGUGAAGGUCCUCUGUUUUAAGGAUCUGUCUAAAAUAUUUUGGUCAUAUAAAAAUUAAGUAGUUGGAUUGGAUUUAGUUUUAAUACUGCAAGUAGAACAAGUCAUGCCUGGCUUAAAUUUCAUUAAUUUGGAUAACAGUCCUAAAUGGUUUCAAAUAAGUUUGUUUUCUACUUACCUUCAGUCCAUAGGGAGAUAACUAUAAAUUUGUCCUGCAAACAGUGCAUUUAGAAAUGCUGGCAUCUCUAGAUGCCUUAAUAGCUAGAUGUAAUGACAGACUCUGGGUUUGUCCCCAUCUUGUUCUAUUUGGUAAGUAAUGCAAGUAAAACUCUGUUGGUAAGGAGUGUGAUGUUUGAACGCUCCCAGGUACUUGAAAGAUGGAUUGAUAACAUACACAAAGGAUAGACCACUGUGAUGAUCUCCUUUUUUUUGGAGGGGAGAUUCAACUGCCAUUAGCUUUAGCCAACUUAGCUAGUAGUGAGGCAUUAUAUAAGUAGCAGGCCAAAAGCAUCUCAAGGGCAACGUUGUUCACACAAUUUGCUAUGCUUAUUUCAUUCAUAGCAGCUAGGAUUGGAAAGACCAAGGUGGAUUUUGCAAAACAUGGGAAUAUUCUGUGUGUUGAAUUUGGCACACCUAGAACCAAUAACACCUUUGAGCCAGGAGUCUGCAGAAAUUACCAUAUUGUGUCUUCAUACCAUUUUUGCAGACUCGUGGCUCAGAACACAAAUGCAGAGGCAAUCCCAUAGUGAUUGGUUGUGUUAAGAAAUAUCUUGGGAAACGCACAUAUUUAUUUAUCCAGUGGAUUCUUGUGCAAUAAUUUGAAUUUCUGGAAAAGUUCUGGUGAAAAAGAUUGUGGCUGGAAGAGCCUUUUGCCAACAAUGCUCCUUCCUUAAUGAAGUGUUAACAUUCUUGUGUGCUGUGUGGUCUCCUCAAAUGCUGUGUGGCUUUAUGUGUUGAUUUUUUUUCCAUGUUGCAGUUCUGGAUAACUUAAUUCAGCAGUAUAUCCAGUUUUUGUGUCUCUUAUGUUUUGCUGUUUGUUGCAUCAUAUUUUCCUAAAUAUGGGAAAUGGCAAUAACUGCCUGGAAAACUUGUGAAUGUGAAUACAGACUUUUAAACAAUAAAGUUGUAAAAUAAUAAAAUUGAA